CAGUGUGUUCUUCCGCGAUCGCCUACCUGGUACCUCUUCCCGUUUUACUCAGUUGCGAUAUUUAUUUGUUCACAAUCUCUUGAGUCAAUCAGAAUGCCCAAAGUUAUAUCUCGAAGUAUUGUGGUGUCUGACAACAGAGAAAAGGAGGAAUAUGAGAAGGACAGACCUCUUCAAACCUACUUCUGUUUAUGCGGCCAAAUGGUUCUGAUCAUAGAUUGCUCCAUAGAAAAGCUCCCUCUCAGGAAGACUGAUAACGCAAGAGUAAUUGACAGUGCUAAACAUGUCCAUAAGUUAACCUGUGACCCUGAUGAAACAAUUCAUCUCAGAAGACCUGGUGGCAUUGAAAAGCAGUUAAGGAAAAAGUGUAAAAAAUGUGGCUUGCUUCUGUUUUACCAACACAAAGAGAAAGAUGCAACUGUAACAUUCGUUGUAGAAGGAGCUGUCUUUGAACCUGAUAAAGGACCCAUCAAAGAACCACUGGUGAUACAGAAAGCUGUACCCAAAAAGGUGAUGUUAACUAAGAAGACCAAAGAAAUGGGCAAGUACGCCUCAGUAACUGUCUCCACCAUUGAUGAAGAAGAGGAAGAGAUUGAAGCACGUGAAAUUGCUGACUCCUAUGCAAGUAACGCUCGAGUCAUUGAGAAGCAACUGGAGAGAAAAGGCAUGGCAAAGAGAAAAACAGAUGAGGCAUUAAGAGAGGAAUUUGCCAAGAAAGCAAGAACGAAGGGAACUUUGAUCGACAAGGACAAGUGAUCACCACCACCACGCUCUAUAAACCCCAACUUAAACAAUUUUGGAAAGUUGUAUUAAAGAGGACAGUUCAGCAUGUUCAGCAGAAGAAACCAUCGCUAUACUUUUUUGGGGGGCCAAAAAUAUGAAAUUGUAAAUGAUAAAUCCUGGCUUAUGAGCAUGCAUGUAAUUAUUGCAAUCAUACCAUUCCACAAAAAAAACUUAGUGUACAUUGUAACAACUGAGGAACGGAAUUUAAAAACUGGUUUUAUUUCCUGGAAUCAAUUGAGACAGACCAUUAGUCUGGACACUAUCUUCCUGUAAACAUUUUCAUCAAGCUGGAUGCAUAUGAUCAAACUUUCCGUGACCUGGUUUGUGAUUUAAAAACUGGUUUUAUUUCCUGGAAUCAAUUGAGACAGACCAUUAGUCUGGACACUAUCUUCCUGUAAACAUUUUCUUCAAGCUGGAUGCAUAUGAUUAAACUUUCUGUGACCUGGUUUGUGAGACGUAGCCAUGGUGAUAUGCAUGGGAAUGCUGCUACCUUGGUAACCAUGAACUCCAGUUUAAUGAUGCUUAACACUCAUCGACCUGCUGUGACAAAUAAGGCUCAGCAAGAAAGGCAUGGUUUGCCAAGGAAUGUUGCAUCAAUGGAGGAUGCUCUGUACAUCCUAGGUCAUGCACUCUGGCAAUUGGAGUCAGUGACUGUCAUUUUGUACAUAGUGGCAACUGUGAAUAUUUUAAAGUGUGGUUUUUAACUUAAGUAUCUGCAUUUAGGGUUUAAUGCUCUUCCCAAAAACCACUGCCCAAUGGGCUUUGUGCAUAAAUUACCACUUAGAGGGUCAGAGGGCAGUGAGACCGACACCUGAAAUACCAUUGGUGCAAUGUGCCGAGCCAAAACUCUACAAAUUAGCCUAAUCAUUGUGUGUUCUACCACGUCAGUGAUUAAGGAUACACAUGUGAGGUGUCAUCCACAAAGGACAUCAUUGAUCUGUCUUGUUCACAUGAGGCCCAUCAUAAAGAGAUGCCAAAUUGUUAAUGUGAUUCAUUCGGAGUAUCCAAGAGCAUUUCUCAACCACAAUGAAGUCUUCACCAACACCCUCCGAAAUUCUAAGGCAUGAUGUCAUAAAGCAGGGUAUAAACUUAACGGCACAUUUGUUUUUCAAAGACAGACACUUUGUAUAGAAAUAAAGGAAGAAUGGCAAAA